UAGCAGUGAGCAGCAAAUUCACAUCAGUGUGCACACCUUGGACGCUCUAUCCUCCGCCUGGAUAAUCUGGUCGUUCUUGGAGUACUUUACGUCUGUAAAACAAAAAAAGGAAACGGUCCAGAUUGGCGAUCGAACGCUCAGUCCACCGUCCACCAUCAUGUCCAGUGGUGAAAGUGACGCCAGUGAACCAGCAAACGUUAGUGCUGCCCCGACGAUGAGCUCCCAGGAGACGGCCGCCGCGAGCGUAAUGCUGACCGAUUCCGAAAACGCAAACAACGAGAACCGUGUCAUAGAGAUGGAAUCCAAUCCGAGCUCGGGGGACACCGAAGCGGAGACUGGCGCUACCUCGAGUGCAAUGGAACCGGCGGAAGCACCUGUGACCGUGAGUAAGCUCCCCGCAGAGCGAAAGGAUGAUGAGACUGGCCCAGUCCAGAAAGAAGCUGCCGGCACGGCAGAUGUACCCACCGGGGAGAAGGAUCAGUAUGCGGAGCAUGUAACGUACGACGAGGCAGGUGAAGCCAUCUACACCGAUCCGGCCACAAAGUACCAGUACCGGUGGAGCAAGGAAAAAAGUGAAUGGGUUCCACGGGAGGAGUCGGGCAAGGCGGGUGAAACCCCCGCGGAUAAUCCGUACGAGAACGAACACUAUCGGUGGUGUCACGAGAAGAAGGAAUGGAUACCGAAGCAGCAAAAUGUGACCGAAACGGAGCACUAUCGGUGGGACGAGAAGGCAGCGAAAUGGGUCCCGAAGGAUCGUCCGGCUGGUGCGGGUGAAGGUGAUGAUCGUAGCUACGGGUAUGAGGAGGGUGUGCACACGUACAAGGAUAAGGAUGGUGCGGUGUACUUUUGGGACGCAGAACGGAAAGCCUGGUUCCCCAAGGUGGAUGAUGAGUUUAUGGCCAUAUAUCAACUGAACUACGGGUUCAUCGACAAUACGUCCAGUGGAAGUGGACCAGCGGCGGCGGCACCUGCCCCUGCUCGGGUAAUGAGUGAACCGUCUGGUAGGGAAUUGCCCGGAUGCGACGAGGACGAUGACGCUGAUGAGCAGGGUGAGGAAGCGCAACGGGCAUUAGCAGUAGCAGCAGCAGCAAAGGGCAAGAAACGGAAAGCUCCUCCGGAACCACCGAAAUGGUUCGAAAUCGCACCGGAGCAUAACACGAAGGUGUAUGUGUCGAACCUGCCGACGGACAUUAGCGAGGAAGAGUUCGGGGAGUUAAUGUCCAAGUGUGGCAUGGUGAUGAAGGACCCAAAGACGCACAAGCUGAAGCUGAAGCUGUACCGUGAGCCGGACGGAACGCUCAAGGGCGAUGGGCUGUGUCACUACAUUAAGAUCGAGUCCGUCGAUUUGGCGCUGAAAAUUCUCGACAACUACGAUGUGCGCGGCCACAAGAUCAAAGUGCAGCGGGCCGAGUUCCAGAUGCGGGGCGAAUACAACCCAACGCUCAAGCCAAAAAUGCGCAAAAAGGAGAAGGAGCGGCUGAAGAAGAUGCAGGAAUCGCUGUUUGACUGGCGCCCGGAAAAGAUGCGCGGCGAGCGGUCGAAGCACGAGCGUAUCGUCAUCAUCAAGAACCUGUUCGAGCCGGAGCUGUUCGAUCGCGAGGUCCAUCUGCUGCUCGAGUACCAGAACGAUCUGCGCGAGGAGUGCGGCAAGUGUGGCACCGUGCGCCGCGUGCUGCUGUACGACCGGCACCCGGAAGGGGUGGCCCAGGUGACGAUGGGCGACCCGGAGGAAGCGGACCUGGUGGUGCAGCUGAUGAAUGGGCGCUUCUUCGGGCAGCGAAAGCUGACGGCAGCGAUCUGGGACGGGCGGACAAAGUACCGAAUUGCCGAAACUGAUGCCGACAUUGACAAGCGGCGCGGUAACUGGGAACAGUACCUCGAAACGGAGGAAACUGCUGCCGAGCAGGGGAAGGACACAGGCGACACUUCGCCGCCUUCCAGUGGAGAAGGAACCACCGAAACUGUCCCAGCGGGUGGCACAGAAUCAGAAACACCGGAAAUGAAGUCCUGCGACGACCAGGAAGAGCAACAUCCGGGCGUGAAUGUUGCCGAUACGGAGAAGGAAGCCGAGAAGGGCGAUGAUGAAAGUGAAGAGGAUAAAGAUGUGAAGCAGAAGGAUGGAGAGGCUGACGAGGAGGAGGAACCAGAGGAUUAGCCAUCCAGUUUAGAUGUGGCGAUCGAUUGUAAUUGAUUUAGAGAACGUUGAAUUCGACGACCCAACUCGGAUUUCGAGAAAAUAAAACGGAUCUCGAAUUGUAAAGCGGGAGAAGCAAUCGAAAAAAACGCCUCUUUGUGCGAUGGCAACGGAGAGGUCGAUCAUAAUGUGUAUAUCCGAAAAGAGCAGGAAAUUAGUUUCACACGAUCAAAGCGCAAACCCUCAGGUAUGUUGGUAUUGCUCUUUUAUUAUUAUUUGAUUGUAUUAUUUUAAAAAAUGAGGCAUGUUUUUGAUUGUACCUCAACAGUUUUGUAUUUAAGUGUAGGUUAUCUUAUUACACAUUUGAUUGACGGAUAUCAAUUUAAAUUUAAUCGAUUUUUUGAUAGAUUUUUUGUUGCUGCUUUUCAUACCUUGGGAUUCUUUGUUUUUUUUGAGACUCGUUUUUUUCGCUUUCGUCCAUGUGAUGUAUUGAACCAUUCUACAUCAGUGUAUGAACGAUUUCAUCUGAGAAUCUUGUUCAAAGAUAAUUAUCACAUACAUGACAAUACGUAUUAAGAUUCAGGAAUGAGCUGAGGAGGAACUGAGGAAAGAUAAAUGUUUUAAGUUUUCAAUAUAAGGAUUUAAGCUGACUUUAUGUACUAAAAUAUUUUUAAUCUAUUUACUUUGGUUACAAAACAUAUACUGUUUUCCGAGACAGUUUCCAAUGUUAACAGAAUUAUUCAACGCUCUCGAGAUGUUUUUAAACAGCGUAGCUUUCGCAUUAAUUAAAUAGCUAUUGAAAAACAUCUUUUGAACUGUUGAGGAAUGCUGUUAAAAGUGGAAACUUAUUCGCAAAACAGUGCAGUUCUCUUUCCCCUAUUACCACACUCUCGCUUUUCAAAUUUAAGGCUUUUAAACAGUAUUUUUAUGUCUAAAUCCCUGUUUGAAUUAAUCAAAUAUCUUGUCGAAUGAAUAGCCGGACGUGAUCUAUCAGCCAAAUAUAAUUUAAAUAAUAUGAUAGCAGCGUAACUCGAAUAUACGCGUUCGAUAAAUACCGUGAUUAUCAACAAAAAUACCAUUCCAGUAAUGUUGAUGCCAUUCGGUAGUUUUAGAUACUAAAUUAAUUGUUUAGCAAGGUUUAGGAUUUAGUUUAACAUGAAAAUUAGCACAAUUUGGACUUUAACAUAAUUUAAAUGUCUUUAAAUGUACUAAUGGUACAAAGAUUAGCCCAUUUGAGCCAAAACUUAUCUUCAAAUCCGUGUUAAGCAGCAGAAUUGAUAAAUGUGAUCGAUUAUAGGGAAACAAGCUAAAAUGUGUCGAGCAUGUCUCUUCUAAGUAAAAACCCUGGUAAUUCGAGUCCAGUCUCUGCAAAGGAAUCGAUCAAAAUACCUCUUUUUGAUCGCAAGAUUGGCUGCCUGAAUGAUGUUCAAAGGAUUUCAUUGGAGUUCGAUUUGAAAGAUAUAACCCGCCUCGAAGUUCUAAUCAGUGUGUGACUUCGUUUGAUCCAUUGUAGAAGAAAACAUGAAACAACAAACAUUGAAACGUUCAUUUCGGUUGAUUUGUGGUGGUUUUGGAAGGCUCUAAAAAUGCAACUCCAGACACUGUUCGUUUGCUACAUAUCCAGCAAAGCACUGUGUCUCUUGUGAAGUUUUCCCCCAA